UCGCCCCGCCAGCCUCAGCCGCCCUGCUCGCCCUGCAGGCCGCUCCUGCCCUCCUCUCCUGCACCCCGCAGCUGUCGUUGCCUCCGGAGUGCCCAGACGACAACAUGUUGGGCAUGAUCAGGAACUCCCUGUUCGGGAGCGUAGAGACAUGGCCUUGGCAGGUGCUGAGCAAAGGGGACAAGAAAGACAUCUCCUAUGAAGAAAGAGCCUGUGAAGGAGGGAAGUUUGCCACAGUGGAAGUGACAGACAAACCUGUGGAUGAGGCUCUCCGAGAAGCAAUGCCCAAAGUCAUGAAGUAUGUGGGAGGCACCAAUGACAAAGGAAUCGGGAUGGGGAUGACGGUCCCUAUUUCCUUUGCUGUGUUCCCCAGUGAAGAUGGCUCCCUACAGAAGAAACUGAAAGUCUGGUUCCGGAUUCCAAACCAGUUUCAGAGCAACCCGCCCUCCCCCAGCGAUGAGAGCAUCAAGAUCGAGGAGCGGGACAGCAUCACCGUCUAUUCCAUGCAGUUUGGUGGUUAUGCCAAGGAGGCAGAUUACGUGGCACACGCCUCCCAACUGCGUGCCGCCCUCGAGGGCACAGCCACCUACCGGAGCGACAUCUACUUCUGCACUGGCUAUGACCCUCCCAUGAAGCCCUACGGACGUCGGAAUGAGGUCUGGCUUGUGAAGACAUGAGUGAUUCAUGCAGCUUGGAACUUGCUGGAAGCUUCUGGGUGUUUCCUUACCCUGGGGUGGGGGAAAGAGUGGGAGAUGCUUCCCAAAUUCAAGCCACAUUUCACCAACUUCCCUUCCAUGUCUCUCACUGCCAGUUUCCUGAAAUCAGCAUGUUCCAUGUACAGAGGCUCUUUUUUCUUGUGGUUGGAAAUAAUAGUCAAGAUCAGCAUGAUUCUCACUGAUUAGAAAAUUCUAGGAGACUGGAAAAAAAAUCCAGGCAGCAUUUUUUUAAGCCAUCUGGAUCAUUUCAAAGUGAUUUAAAAAAUUAUUGAAUUUGUAUUUUUGGUAUUAAAGAGAAAAUGUGAUUUGUGCAUGAUCUUUCUUAUGAUUCUUACAAGAGAUUUGUCUAAAAGGGAAUCAAAAAUAAAAAAUCUUUGGUUUAAAAAA